GAUUGGUUGCUAUGGGCAACUGGGCAACUUUUUCCUCUGGACGGGUUUUGAUAAAUCUCCCCCAAUGUCUAAGACAGCGGUCUCAAACUGUGGACCUCCAGAUGUUGCAAAACUACAACUCCCAGCAUGCCCGGACAGCCUUCACAGAAGUGUGAAUGGGAGUGCGGAAUCCCAUUGAAGUCUAUGCGAUACUUAGAAGAAAAAGAAGAUCGCAUCUCUCUACCUCCACUUGGAAAUGUUUUAGAAGCUACCGAAUAAAGAGGACGUCUUAUUUACCGUCUGCAGAAAACGAAGCCGCCAGGAUGUGUGGUAUCUGGGCGCUGUUUGGCAGCGAUGAGUGCCUCUCGGUGCAGUGCCUUAGUGCCAUGAAAAUCGCACAUCGAGGCCCCGACGCCUUUCGGUUCGAAAAUGUAAACGGAUUCACCAACUGCUGCUUCGGUUUCCACCGUCUGGCCAUCGUGGAUCAGUUGUACGGCAUGCAGCCGCUUCGUGUCAAGAAGUUCCCUUAUCUAUGGCUGUGUUACAAUGGGGAGAUUUACAAUUACAAGCAGCUGCAGAAGCAUUUUGGCUUUGAGUACCAGACUCUGGUGGACGGGGAGGUGAUCCUCCAUCUCUACAGUAAGCACGGCAUUGAGCAGACCGCCUCAUUGCUGGACGGAGUUUUCGCCUUCAUCCUCUUGGACACAGCGAAUAGGAAGGUGUUUCUUGGAAGAGACUCUUAUGGAGUCCGACCUCUAUUUAAACUGCUCACUGAUGAUGGCUUCUUGGCAGUGUGCUCUGAAGCUAAAGGCCUUAUAAACCUAAAGCAUUCAAUGACCUCAAGUCCGAAGAUCGACCCAUUCCCACCAGGACAUUAUGAAGUUUUUGAUUUGAAACCCAGUGGAAAAGUUGCAUCGGUGGAACUGACCAAGUUCCGCAAUUUUAAGGAUAAACCUCAGCACGCCGAGUUCGAUUCUCUAGGAAAACUCCAAGAAGGACUGGACCGUGAAACUGUUAAGAGAAACAUUUGCCUGCUGUUUGAGAACGCGGUAAGGAAGCGGUUAAUGGCGCACAGACGGAUCGGCUGCCUGUUGUCAGGUGGUCUGGACUCCAGCUUGGUUGCUGCAACUCUGCUCAAGCUGAUGAAGGAGAACAAUUUACCUUACUCCCUCCAGACAUUUGCCAUCGGAAUGGAAGAUAGCCCUGAUUUACAGGCUGCGAGAAAGGUUGCCAACCAUAUUGGUAGUGAACAUUAUGAAAUAAUUUUUGACGCUGAAGAGGGGAUACAGGCGGUGGAUGAGGUCAUCUUUACACUGGAAACCUAUGACAUCACAACAGUGAGAGCCUCUGUUGGGAUGUAUUUGAUUUCCAAGUACAUACGAAAGAAGACGGAGAGCGUGGUGAUAUUUUCCGGCGAAGGCUCCGACGAGCUCACUCAGGGCUAUAUCUACUUCCACAAGGCGCCUUCUCCGGAGGAGGCGGCAGAGGACAGCGAGCGCUUACUACGAGAGCUCUACCUGUUUGACGUCCUUCGAGCUGACAGAACAACCGCUGCACAUGGGCUUGAACUUCGAGUGCCCUUCCUGGAUCAUCGCUUUACUUCAUACUACCUCUCUUUGCCCCCGGAGUUGCGGAUGCCUAAGAAUGGAGUUGAAAAAUACCUCCUGAGAGAAGCCUUUGAGACGUCCAACCUUCUACCCAAAGAUAUUCUGUGGAGACCCAAAGAAGCUUUUAGUGAUGGACUAACAUCUAUAAAGAAAUCCUGGUUUUCCUUUUUGCAGGAUCAUAUUGAACAGCAGGUUGAUGACUUAAUGCUGGAGAAAUCUGCCAAAAAGUUUCCCUUCAAUCCUCCCAAGACAAAGGAAGGUUACUUCUACCGUCAGAUCUUUGAGAAGUAUUACCCUGGCCGCGCUGACUGGUUGACUCAUUACUGGAUGCCUCGAUGGAUCCACGCCACCGACCCGUCUGCCCGAACACUCACACAUUAUAAAUCCGACGCGUAAAGUUCUCCCGAACUUCAGGAGGAAAUCAUUAAUUCGCACUUUCCAUAAAUUCUCUUUUUUAUAAAGCCGACAGUUUACAAUAAAAACCCGGUGGAGAGGAUUACACAUAAUGUUCGGAGGAUGAUGGGUAAUGUUACACCGACACUUUGUCUGCUGGAGGACU